AUGACGGAAGGAGCCCACUUGGCUAUCAUAAACUCCGAGGUGGAGGCGCAGAAACUGGCGAAGCUCUUUGAGGCGGUAACGGAGCACAUCAACGGAUCCGAAAACAGCGGUUUAGCCUGGUUGGGAUUCCACGACCACUUUCAAACGAGAGACUUCGUUACCGUUCACGGCGAUGCUUUGGUGGCCACGGGUUACUCGGACUGGAAUGUCGGCGAUCCGAGCGGGGGUGGCGAACGCUGCGGCACGAUGAACAAACAAGGGAGACUCAACGACUACUUUUGCUUCAAAAAUAUUAUUGUCUUCUGCGAAACGCCUACCAACGUUUUAUCCGUCAACUGCAACAGCUGA